GGGACGGGAUGCCCGGUCCCUCCUGGAUACCUGCUUCCUUCCCCGCCCUGGCGUUUCCCUCUGUGUGCCUCUUCCACUCCGGAAUUUGGGCUGGAAACCGCAUCACCUGUCAGCCCCUCCCAGGCGAGGCCCGCGUCUACACAGCCUGUUCCGCCUCAAGACCCCAGCUGGCGGGGGAAGGACACCCUGGCUUCUCUGCCCGCCCCACGAUGCCGGUUGUCCGGUUACUAGGUUCUGUGUUCUUACCGUCGUGUGUGCCGCCGAGGAGUGUCCCAGAUGGGGUUUUGCUUUUCCGCUUUUAAUAUGGCUGCAAGAAUACCUUCCCCCUUUCCUCUUCUUGGCCAUCUCGGCGGGAAGCCGCAGGUGCUCCGCCCGUGCCCCCGCGGCGUCCCGCCGCCUUUCCCGCUCUGGCUUCGCCUGCUGGCACCUGCACCCGUCUCCCUGAGCCCUGCUCUGGCCGCGGGCCCUCGCUGGCAGCCCCACACAGCGGGCAGACGCUGGUGCCCGGCGGCCCUCGGCGGUCCUCGGCGGCGGCCGUGGUGGGUAAACACCGCGGCCUUCUUCUCUUCCCUGGUGGGGCCCGCGAGUGUGGCCCGGGCGCCGUCCGCGGGCAUUUACGGGCUCCCUCUCUGUGCCCCCCGGGGCCGUUUCCAGCUGCUCGUCCUCAUCGCACCAGGGCCCAGCUCGGCAGGGGCCUCAGGAAGAAAUGAUGAAACUAGUUUCUCCUCAGACUUCUGGUCACUUUCUGAGGAGAGCUGGUCCCACUCAGUGGCAACUCACAUCCUAUCCAGCCGGUGCUCGGAGGUCAAGACUUUCCACGCAGAAUGUUCCCGACAGGGGGAACACCGAAUUUGGGAUGGACUUCAGAGAGCGCUUUCCACGGAAACUUAGAAGGGAAGCACACGACAGCAUCAGCUGAAGGAAUCAUAAUAAAUUUAGAGUCUGGGGAGUGUCCUGGCACUCAUAUUUUCUUUAUUUUUUUCUAUUAAGUGUUUUUUAAUGUUUAUUUAUUUUUGAUAGAGACACAGAGCACGAGCAGGGGAGGGGCAGAGAGAGAGAGAGAGAGAGAGAGAGAGAGAGAGAGAGAGAGAGAGAUGCGGAAUCCAAAGCAGGCUCCAGGCUCCGAGCUGUCAGCACAGAGCCCGACGCGGGGCUCGAACUCAUAAACCGUGAGAUCAUGACCUGAGCUGAAGUCAGACGCUCAACCCACUGAGUCCCCCAGGCACCCCGGUCCUGGCACUUUUUCACAGGAAGCCUGAAGUGAGCGCAGCACCGGGCCACAUGAGGGCGGUCGGUUACGGGGGGUGAGGCCCAGCGAUGCUGACCUGUGUCCUCCCGGGAGACGCUCCUGCCUCUUGUCCUGGGUUGUGGUCGUGCUCACGGGAGUUGUGUGUGGCCAGGGAGUGUUCGGCUCUUACAAGGCACCAGCUCGCGUUGUCCCCUUUCUCGGGAAGUCUCUCCCGCAGCGUUGAUCCCCCGGCCGUGGUUGUCCCGGAAGGUAAAGCUGGAGGGUCUGGUUAUAGCUUUGGGCAAUAUCUGUCUCAGAGUGGGAUAUUUUCUUGGAAAAGAAAGUUUAUUAUUGAGCCAUCUGGUAAUCAGAAACAACGGAAAAUGGGGUUAUGCAUUUCCCGCCAUUAAUUAUGCAUCAGGAUCGUAUGGCCUGAGCUCAGACAAGCACGGUGCGCGGAGGCACAGGGGCUCCUUCCUCGGCCCCGGGGGGCACAGCGCGUGACUGGGCGGGUUCCGUGCCGUUUGCUGGGCCCAACCUGGAGAAUGCUGGAGCCAUCUGGGGAGAAUUAGAUAAGUAGUGGGAACAAUGUCGCGAGCCCUCGAACAUCCGUAAGAUAGCCAUUUUGGGUGUUUCCUCUUUCACUUGGUGCUCUAGGCUCUCCACUUUUCUCGCGCCAAACCCCUCCACUCCCACUGUCUUAAGGACCUUCUCCUCCCAGGCCUGUUUAAGUCCAGUUUGCCUCUCAUUCACUGGCUGGCAUUCUAACCACGCUUGUCUUGCUGAGCAAAGUGGAGGCCGGGAAGUGAGCGGUCUGGUCACAGACAACACUCGUGCAACCAGAGGCAGGCUCAUCUCCUUCACCUCUGUCUCACGCACAUGCACGCACAUGGACACACAGGUACACACACAUGCACAGACAUACCCAGAUGCAUAUGUGCGUGCACACACACACACACACGACAUUGAAUUAUGCUGUUUAUUCAUCUCUGCUCUUCACGCUAUUCUACGUGGCCCGAUCAUGGACAAAAUAAGGCAGAAAGUAGUUUUUAUUUUAUUCUAGGAAAGCUGAGAGUCUGUAGUUUAUAAAAGGGGCUCCACUAAAAGGUAAGAAUGAAAUAAAAGGCAAAGAAAAGUUCAAGGUGCGGACCCUGCUGAUGUCACGACCCCAUGCUGAGUGUGGACAUCCCAGACCGCUGCCAGCCGGAAGAGAUCUCCACAGGCUCGCUCUCCUAUCUGGCCUCUUGCCUUUGUGAGGACACAGUUUUUAGUUUCUUUGGGUGAGAGCGUCACAUCACUCUUGCAAACCCCGGAGUGGCUGCACUUGACCUGUGAGGAGUGUGGGGCCCUAUGCACUGGCCCUGGGGAGAGAAGCCUUUUCCAGCAGGCUUCUGGUCUCCUGCACCUGGCCCAGCCUCUGCUGUGUAUGUGUGCCUGAAGGCCUUCAUGGCUCCAGAACUCGGGGAGCCUUACUGUUUCCCAUUUUCCUCUCUGUAUUUAAAAUUCCACUCUGAAUUUAUUGCGACAUUCUUGUUUAGAAUUAGCUAUGUAAAGAUGGCAUUUUCCAGCAUAUCAUCUUGAAAAUCACCCAAAAGCAGCAAGAAAAUUGAAAAAUAAAAAUGCAAAUGCCAUCUUUACAACAAAAUCAGGAGACAUCUGUAAGCCUGAAAUACAAUAUUUGAGGGAAGGCUGCCAAGGAGAGAGAAGGUCAAAGAGAAGCCCGGAGAGACCUUCAGGGAGGCCACCCCCAGCUGCAGAUCUCAGGACAUGCAGUCAGAGCCACCCUCUCCAGAGCAAGUGACCUAGCCCAUGGGGAAAACCAGUAAUUAUUUGUUUGGAAUGAGGGAAGAUGAUUGGGCCGGCAGCAGGAGUUCUCUGGGUGCAGUGUGGCACACGGUCUCAGGGAUCAGAGAAGGCGGGGCUCCACUGAAAUUGAUGCCGUAAGCUAUGUUUGUAAUGUGUAUA